UCAAAAUUUAGUGUGAUAUCUGAUAUGUGAUCAUAUUGAAAUCACGUCCAGGAGCCCCGGGUACCAAAAUGAUGAAGCAGGCUUUAAGCAUUGUCUUGGGGGGCAUCUUGAGUACCAGCCUUGUAGCCUUCGACUAUCUUUUGGGCAAUGGCUUCACGGGCAUGUUGCAGACGAUGUUUUGUAAAUGUUUCUGUUUUGUAAAGAGAACUUUAAGAGAUCAAAUGAAAUCAUCGGCGGCGGUAGAAUCGAACGAUUUCAGUGCCACUAUGUUCUUGGUGGAAAUUGUUGCUUUAAUCGGUACCAUGCUGUUACUGAACAGAUACAAGAUACACUGCUUUGAACGGUCAAUUACAGUCAACAAAGAGCCGGAUGAGUUACCGGGAACGAAGAAACAUAGAUUGGGGAGUCCGUCGACUGAUUACGGUUCUCGAGAGAUAGACAACCCACAGCUGAUCAAGCCUUUAAACCUGGAGAUACCUGUGAUGCAAAUGGCUAUUAUAGAUACCAUCGGAACCACCCGCAGUCAGCCUGAGCGCGGAGAUGCUGGCGACAUUUACAACAUCACCGACUCUGCUAUUCUCUCUGUCACCUCUUUGCUGGAUAUGGAUUUCAAGUUUCAAGAAUCAUGGCGUGAAGAUAAUAUUGUUUUUGGAGAUGGUAACACAUUUCAAUUUAACAAAAAUAGAUACCUCUGGGAUGUCACCGAGGAAGAAUAGUUACUGUAUUUUUUCCAAUACGUUAUAGGCAAGCAAGUAAAAGAAAAAAAAAAUUACAAGUGUUUAGCGAACGUCGUUGAAUGUAACUGAUCGUAACAUUUUUAUACGCAAAAAGUGUGUUAUAAUCAUUAAAAAAUGUGUAAAUAUUUUUAUAAACGUCAAAAGGAUUCCCCCUGAAU